CUUCCUUCCUUCCUUCCUUCCCUCCCUCCCUCUCCCUCUCCUCUCCUGCCCGCCCCGUCCUUCCACUUCCUGGGGCUGGCGGAUGGCGGCGGCCGCCCCGCACAGCCUCAUGCCGCUGGCCCGCUUACCGGGGCCGCGCCGGGGGCCGGGCGGGGCGGCCAUGAGGGCAGCCUGAGGGACGGCCCGAGCGAGCCCCGGCCAUGGGCGAGAGGCGGCGAGGGGAGAGCGGCGAGCCGGGCACGGGUUUGGCUGUGGAAUCAGAAGACCCAAAUUCCCUUUUGCAGAGAGCUGUGGCCCUGCUGCAGAGCUCCUACCUGGACUCCACCUCCCAGCAAGGAUUCCAGUACAGCAAAGCCAUCCUGGUGGAAAAUGAUCUUUUCCUGAGUGAGCUUCGAGCUUUUGCCCAAGCCAAGGAAGCUGCUGGAUACAGCCAGGAGGAGCUGCAGGAAACUUUUGCAUUUCUGCUCUUUGAGAAAGAGGAAGAGGCAAAGGAAGUUUGUCAGAGUGGGCUCCGUGUGAACAGCAGCUCCAUUUCCACUCUGGGGGAUCCAGCCAAAGGGGUUUACAUUUCCAAAUAUUCUGACUGCCUGCAGCCCAGACCUUGGCACCACAAAAAAUCAGGAUACAUUGUCAUUUGUAAACUCAUCAAGGGGAAGGUCAGAUCCAUCUCUGAGAGCUCAACCUGUGCCUGUCCCUCCCCGGGCUACGACUGCCACGUGUCCAGCCAGACAUCCUGCAGCAGCCAGUACUACGUGUACGAGGUGAGCGGGGCCGGCGCUGCCGAGCGCCCCCGCCAGGUGUGUCCGUACAUCGUCCUGCACCGGCAGCGCCGCGAGCCGCCCAUGAGCGCCCUAGCAGAGCAGAACCACCAAGCCCCCUUUGUGCCCUGGCAGGGCCAGCUCUCCAUCGGGGGUCACUUUCAGUGCCGGAUUUCCCUGCGGAGCCGCUUCAGCCGCACGGUCCCUGCCCAGCUCCCUCCCAACCUGGACAUCAAACAUGUCAUGGGAUUGUCUGACUUGAGGAAAAAACUGCCAGCAGCUGCAUUUGGGAAAAAAAAUUACACUGGGAAUGAAGUUUGUUUUCAGGGUGUUUAUUCCAGUCUCUAUGAGGUGGAAAUAUCCAAGAAGGAUCAAUCCAAAAUGGAUCAGCUGCUGGAAAAGCUGAAGGAAAAGGAUUUGGCCAUCAUCAAAUAUUUACAGGACCAGGGAUUUCUGAUCCUGCUCACGUCCUCAGCCCUGGCACGGGAGGAUGGGCUGGAGCCCAAGGAGCCUGUGAGCCUGCUGGCCCUGUUCCUGUUCAGCUCCCCACGGGCCCUGUGCCCCCCAGUUGAAAAAGACCCCAAGAACCCCAAGGAAAGCAGAACCAGGAGUGGCAUCUCCUUAAAAAUCACCUCAGUUCUGCCUGGACUCCGCUACGCCCUGAGGAAAGCAACCAGCUCCUCCUGGGACAGCAGCUGCAUCCAGGAGAAACUCCAGGAAUAUUCCAGACUUGAUGGGAAUUCCAUUCCCAUCCCAGCUCCAUCCCAGGAGGAGGGAGCUCAUCCUUCCCAAAAAUUCCUGCAGCUGCAGCGAUACCUCAGCGACCCCAGCGCCUUCACCUUGGGGGUUUCGGUGGCUUUGGAGUGUUUGGGGACUGCUGGGAGGAGUUUGGGGAUUUCCUCUUCAUCCUCAUCAUCCUCAUCAUCCUCAUCCUCCUCAUCCCUAAAUCCUGCUGCUGACAGAGCCACCAAAAGUGUCACCUCUCCCACCAAACCCUGGGGAAGGGACUGCAGGAGGAAAUCCAGCAGGAAUUUGGGGAAGAAUCCAUCACUCCUGCAGGCACAAACUGAUCCUGGGGAAGAGGAGAGCAGGGGCAGGAAAAAACCCACAAUUCCUGCUGCUGUUCCCAAAAAAUCUGCACCCCCAGGCAGUUCCAGCGGGGCCAUGCUGAAACUGGCCAACCUGCAGCUGCCUCAUGGAAGGAAACGAGGUGCAGAGGUCCUGGCUGCAGAAAUCAUCCUCAAGCCCCAGCCUGAGGCUGCUGAGGAGGAAAUUCCAGCUCCUGAUGCUGCUGCAGUGGAAGCAAAGAGGCCAAAAACUCAGGAAAACCUGGAAAAGAGGAAAAUCCCUGGGGCAGGCAAAAAUAAAAUGCAGAAAAACGUGGAAAACAAAGCAGCAAAAGCUGCAGAGAACCAGCAGGAACAGAAUGCUCAGCUGGACCCUCUGUGCCUGCCUGAGCCCCCCAGGAUCUCCCCCCUGCAGGGGGACAGCUGUGAGCCCCACGCCCUCAACCUGCUGGCUGAGCUGGCCCUGAGCUCCUGCAUCCCUGCCUUCAUCCCCCCAGUCCCUCUGCAGCAGCAAAACCCUAAACCUGAUCCCCAAUCCCACCCUAAACCAGACCCUAAAUCUGAUCCCAAAUCCAACCCUAAAUCUGAUCCCAAAUCCAACCCUAAAUCUGACCCUAAACCCGAUCCCAAAUCUGACCCUAAAUCUGAUCCCAAAUCUGACCCCAAAUCUGACCCCAAAUCCAACCCCAAAUCUGAUCCCAAAUCCAACCCCAAAUAUGAUCCCAAAUCUGACCCCAAAUCUGACCACAGAUACCACAAGAAAUCCCCCCCCAGCAAACCCCAGUUUCUUCCCAGCACCAAUUCCUCUCCUCCCCUGGAGAAAUCCUCUGGAAUUCUCAGUUUUGCCUCGGUGAAUCCCACCCCUGCCCCGCUCCAGGAAUCCCCAGAGGUGACCCCACACUCCAUCAUCUCAGCUGAGCACUCCUACGCCUCCCCCAUGCCCGAGGAUCCCAGGAAAUCCCCAGAUCCCAAAGAAAACCCCAAAUCUUUUCCCAAAAACCCCGCCAGGAACGUGCUGGUGGGGAAGGUGCUGCCCUUCCGGCACCAGAGCUGCUCCUCGCUGCCCGCCCGCAGCAGGGGCUCCCCCAGGAGAAAAGAGGAUUUCUCCAAAAGGCACACGGUGAAUUUUUGGGGGGAUUCCAUCAAGGUCACCUGUCGUUGGAAAGGGAAAUACCUGUUCCACCUGGACAGCAGGUACACCAACAAUUCCCUGGAGAAAGCUGUGGUGCGGGCACUGCAUGGCCCGUGUGACCCCGACCUGCCUGACGACGUGGAGGGGAUGAAGCUGAUCCUGCACACGUGGGUGGCUCUGUUCUACAGGAAACCCAGCAAACUCCUCAGCAGCUCCCGCAAGGUGGUGGAGCACAUCAACCCCAAAAAAUUCGUCUCCAUCAACAGCUCCAGUGCUUUCCUGGAGCUCAGUGAUGACAGCCAGGACUGCUUUGGCUUGGAGACGUGUCCUGCAGACUCGGGCUCGGAUCCUGACCAGACCCCCAGCAGCUCCCUGGAUCCCAGCCCCCCUUCCCAGCCCGAGAAAAGCGCCGCCGAUUCCCAGACGGACGCAGCUGUGGACAGCACCGUCUCCUCCUCCUCGGGGGAGCUGCCCUGCAGGGAGGAGGAGGAGGAGGAGCAGGAGCCUUCCUCCACCAGCUGUGCUGAGAGCCUGGCCCUGCAGGAGUGUUCUGGGGAGCAGCUGGAUGGGGCAGACGGGGAGCAGGAGGCGCCGCCCCAGGAGCGCGCGCGCGGCGUCCACAGCGGCACUGCAGAGGAGCCAGUCAAGGAGCAGCUGCUGGAUGCCAGGAUCACCCCCAGCCCUUCGGAGGAGCCCAGCAAAUCCCUGGAAAAUGCCGGGAGCCCAACCCCAAAUUCCAGCACAGCUCCAUGGACAGACCCCCCCUGUGCACCCCAGGAACAAGGGAAGCAGCAGGAAAAGCAGCAGGAAGGAGGCUCAGGGAGUGGCCCUGGCCCUCCUGAGGAUGAGGAAGGAAUGGGAGACUCUGGGAAUUCCCUGGGAGCUGAGGAUGGAGCUGAUCCAUGUGAUUCCGUGCCCUCGGAAGGAAAUCCUGGGAGUGCUGAGCCUGGAGGAGCCACGGAGGAAGGGGAGCAGCCCCAGGAGCCCCCUGAGCACUCAGGAAAAGAGGAGAGGAGGGAGGUGGAGGAGGAGAAGGAGCUGGAGGAUGAGCUGCCCUUCCUGGACGCCGUGGAUUUGGUGCUGUCAGAGAGCAGCGAUACAGAGAUGGAAUGCGAGCAGAACCCGGGGAAUUCGGCGUCUCCAGAGCAGCUGGGGGCUCCUGAAGGGGACCCCGUGCCCAGCCCCACCUCUCUGGCAUCCCCCUGCCCCCACAGAUCCUCCCCAGCUCUGUCACACGGGGUCAGGCCUGACCCUGAGGAGGCCCCCCCAGAGCAGGACGAGCCCCCGCAUCCCCGGGAUGGAGCAGCCAGUGCAGCCGAGCUGGGCUCACCCCACAGUGCCAGUGGGGAGCUGCUGUGCCCCCCUGAGCCCAGCCCUGCCUGUGGGGCACAGCCUGACAGCAUCACAGACAGCCCAGCACCUGCUGCAGACACAGGGAGCUGCUCAGAGCAGGAAAUGCGGGAUCAGGCUCCCUCUGGGAGCACCGAGUGUCCCCGGGGGCAGGGAGUGGCCCUGAGCCUGUCCCCAGACUCCAGCUCUCCCGAUGGAUCCGUGCAUCCCUGGAAUGCUGCAGAGCACCAGCGCAAGGACAGCCCCCAGGCACCGUCCCAGAGCCACCAGCUGGAUGGGGCUGAGGCUGAUCCCAGCCAGAAUUCCCUGGAUACUGAGCAGCCAAACCCAGCUGGGAACAGGGUUGUGGUGGAAGAGCAGCAGGGAAACCCCUCUGCCAGCUGCAGGGAGGAGCUGGAUGAGCCCGUGGCAGCAGGAGAUGGCCCGGGCUCCCCCUUGGAGUGCACAGACACCGGAGGUGACUGCAGGGCUGAGCAGAGGGAGGAGGAGGCCGAGAACAUAGAGAUCCCUGCCCACCACCACCUGCUGGAGCCAGAGCCCUCCUCCUCCAGCAGGGAGGAGAUCUCAGCCAUCAAGGAGCCCCCCAGGGACUCAGCCCCUGCCUGUCCCGGGGCUGGGGAGAAUCCCGGCGUGCGGGGGUCGGUGCUGUGCCGCCUCUGGAAGCCGAGCUGGGAGGGGGGAGCUGCACAGCUCAGCGUGCCUGCCUGGGAUGGCUCCUUCCAUCCCAGCUUCUCCCAGGAGCUGCUCAGACCCCCAGCCCCCUGCUCCCCCGUGGGUGUGUCUGUGCCAGCAGAGCCAGGAUCUGCUCCUCCUUCUCCGGGUGAUCCAUGGCGCGAGCCGGAGGCUGCAGAGCCGGGGUCUCCCCUCCCUGAGGGGCUCCCUGGGCUGCUCCCUCCCACCCCAGACAAUUCCCAGGGGUCUGGGGGUUGUGGCAGCCCCAGGAGCUGUGACAUCCCUGGGACCUGUGACAUUCCCAGGAGCUCUGGCAGUCCCAGGAGUUGUGGAAGCCCCAGGAGCUGUGACAGCCCCAGGAGUUGUGAUUUUCCCAGGAGCUCUGACAGUCCCAGGAGCUGUGGAAGUCCCAGGAGUUGUGGCAGCCCUGGGACCUGUGACAUUCCCAGGAGUUGUGACAGCCCCAGGAGUUGUGGAAGCCCCAGAAGCUGUGGAAGUCCCAGGAGCUGUGACAUUCCCAGCUGUGGCAGCCCCAGGAGUUGUGAAAUCCCCAGGAGCUGUGGCAGUCCUGGGAGCCAGGCAGAGGACCCGAGAGGAAGCCCUGGCCAGGAGCCCUUCCCCUCUGAGGAUCUGGAAGCAGGCAGCAUUCCCAGCCCUGCCCCUGUCCCAGUCCAGGAAUGCCCCCCUGAGCCCUGGGAUGGGUGUGAGCCCAGCCCCAGGGAUGGAUGUGAGCCCAGCCCCAGGGAUGGAUGUGAGCCCAGCCCCAGGGAUGGAUGUGAGCCCAGCCCCAGGGAUGGGUGUGAGCCCAGCCCCAGGGAUGGAUGUGAGCCCAGCCCCAGGGAUGGGUGUGAGCCCAGCCCCAGGGAUGGAUGUGAGCCCAGCCCCAGGGAUGGAUGUGAGCCCAGCCCCAGGGAUGGAUGUGAACCCAGCCCCAGGGAUGGAUGUGAACCCAGCCCCAGGGAUGGAUGUGAACCCAGCCCCAGGGAUGGGUGUGAGCCCAGCCCCAGGGAUGGGUGUGAGCCCAGCCCCAGGGAUGGAUGUGAGCCCAGUCCUGAGGGAUCCCCAGCCUUCCCUGAUCCCGACUGUGCUCAGGUGGGAGAGGCAGAAAUUCCAGUGUCACCCUGGGAUGAGCACAGGGAUCCCUUGGGAGAUAACCUGGAGUUCAGUGAUGCUGAGGAUACCCUCCCAAACCAAGACACACACAAGGACUUGGCCUUGGAAGACCCCUUGGAGAAUUCCCUUGGUGACUCAGAGCAGGAAUAUUUUGAGGGGAAUUCUCGCUCCUCGUUUCCAAGCAGGAGCUGCUGCAUCGUGAGAUCCAUGGAUGCUGCAGGAGCAAGGACUAACCAGGACAGCUCCUCCAGGAGCUCCCUGCACUCACAGGAGCAGGGCCAGGACUGGGGCUGGGACAUCCCCAGGGACCCCAGGAGCUUUGUGGUCACCAGGCAGUGCCAGGAGAGGAUGGAGAAUCUCCAGCUCCCCAGGAGGCGCGGCCGCUGCCCCCAGGGGUCUCACCUGGCUCAGUCCCUGCUGGGCACCUGGAGGGGCUCUGAGGAGAUCACCCAGAACACUUUGGACAUGGAGUGUCUGCGCUUCCAUUAUAAGCUAAAGGAAAUCCUAAGGAAGGGCAAACCCCCCUUUUCUACCUCCAACAGCAUCUUCCCAACAUCCCUGUCCCCCAGCCCGCUGUCCCCACGCAGCAGGAGCCCCUUGCAGGUGACAAUUCCCCCCUCAGACACGUGGCCAGGUGGGUUCCAGUGCCACAGGGACGCUGGGGGCAGCAGGAGGGGCAGGUCCCGGGCUGGGAGCUGCCAGCCCAGGGCUCCCCUUCGCCUGGGGCAGCUGCGGUACCAGCGCGCCGCGCCCGAGCCGCACGGGGACGUCACCGGCAUCCUGGACGAGUAUUCCCACUUCCAGAGGGUGCUGCUGGGCAGGGCUGAGGCCAGGAGGGACCCCCUGGCACGGGGAGAGGCCCAGAGAGGCCAGGCUGGGACGGGCCUGCCCGGCAGGACGGUGCCAGUGCAGGGGAUGGUGGCAGCGCUGCGCUCCCAGCUGCGCCGCGUGGCGGCCAGAGCACAGCCCGGCCUGUUCUACCUGCUGGAGACUGGCAAGGAGCCCUUCUUCGACAGGGUCAAGGCCGUGCUGAGGGCAGAGGGCUUUGUGAGGACGGAGCCCCCCAGUUUCUGCGGGGCGCGGCGCCGGGGCCGGCGGCUGCUGGUCGUCAUCAGGAACCAGGACAUCUCCUGCCACAUCCACACUGUGCCGUGCCUGCUGCAGCUGAAGCUGUGUCCCAGUGUGGUGUUUGCUGGGGUGGAUGAUCCCCAGGAUGUGGCAGAGGACACCUUCCAGGAGCUCUUCCAGGCCGGGGGCUUCGUGGUGUCAGAUGAGGAGCUGCUGGAAAGGGUCACCCUGGACCAGCUGCAGGAGGUGGUGAAGGUGCUGGAGAAGCUGAACAGGAAUGGGAGGUGGAAGUGGCUCCUGCACCACAGGGAGGGCAAGAAGCUCAGAGGAGGCCUCAGGGCUGAUGCCAUUGCCCAGAGGAAGCAGCUGCUGCUCAGGUGGUGCCAGGGCGAGGAGCUGCUGGAGCUGCUGCCGUUCCACGGCUGCGACUCGGCCACGGCCGCGGAGCCCCAGCGGCUGCAGUGCCUGCAGGAGCUGCAGCUGCAGCACAUCCACAGCAGGUUCUGUGUGUACCUCACAGAGAAUCCUGGUAGCAGCAGGGAGAUCCUGGAAAGCAAAGGAAUUCUUGUGGCUGACAUCAACACCUUCCUGGGGACGAUGCAGAAAGUGGCUGCUCCCUUUAGAAGAAACUACUGGUGA